UCGUACACUAAGUGGAUCCGGCAACCUUGCCUUUUUAUACCAGAUUUUGAAAGUGUGGUUAUGAACUUUAGGUUACGAAAACAAUAAAAAUGAGGAUAUUUCAAGCUUUAUUUCGAAAGAAAAUGCCCAACGGCCACAUUUUCAGAGGCAAAAAUCGAUUGUACAAACAAGUUACCAAAGCAGACGUGCAAAAGCUAAAAAAUGAGUUUGAAAUUGAAGAAAAAAACAUGUUCCUGUUGAGACAUUCAUACUUGACAAAAGAACAAUCUUUUGGUCAUGCCAAGGCAUUAGGUAAAAACGAACAAAACUUUAUCAAUUUAAUUACAAAGAAUAAGGAGUUCAAAGAUAAUGUUACGCUAGAAUCAAGACUGGCACAUCUCAGAGUUCGGGAGCCGUGGGAUUAAAAUACAUACAUUGUUACCGUAGUUUUUAUUUAUUAAAUUCGUAAUAUGUUG